CUUCAGUAAUCUGAUACUGGCUCAAUCCUUUUGGGCAUAAUCUAAGAGCAACCUGUACAUUGCACGUCUGUGGUCCUACAGAAGAGAAAAGAGGAGGAGGAGGAGGAGUGUGCCGGCUUUACAUCAAUUAUUCUGUCUCCGUAUCAUGCCUGUAUGCUGGAUGAUUUAAAGUAAUUGUUAAUGAUAUUACAUGCUAUACAUAGCGUUGGGAGAAAAAAAUACGUCAAGGAUCUGCAAGGAAUUUUGUGUAGGAAAGAUACUGCUUCAUCAUUUUCCAGUGAUACAGAAACAUCAUGCUGCAAAAAGGAAAGGAUUACAGAAAAAGCAGGCAGCACAGAAAAUUGUUUCACCACUGAGAUUUUCAGAAUUUCUGCAUCUGGCCCUGGUUAUGAAAUGCUUCUUCCGCUUUCAAUGACAGGAAGAAAGCUACCUAAAAUGGAGGAAUUCAUAUCUGGGUGCCUUAAUGAAGGUUUGGGAGAAUGACAAAUGGAUGAUCAAGUCAUGGGAAUUCUGCAGACAAUGUAUUAUGUUAUGGUCAAGCAAUAACCAAGUCACAGAACAGAGCUUUCAAUUUAUAGGAGAGAGGGGUCGACAAACAUAAACAAUCAGCUGCUCUUCAACAAAAGGAGUUGCACAUUGAAACACAGCUCCCAUGUCAUAUACAGAAGCAUUACAUGCUGCAAAGCCAACACAUGCCAUAGAGGGACUCCAGCAGUAGCAUGACUGACCAAGAAGCCAUCCAUAUAAAAUGGGCUCAGAAUAUUUCAUUUGAAGUUGCCAUCAGUUAUUAGAACUCUGGGUGAUUGUUUCUGAGUGUACAGAACAUGUUCAACUGCCUUUUCAAAAGGAACGCCAGUAUCAUUUGAAAACAGUGCUAAGUUCUGUUUCCUGAAAUCCCAUUAGAGUAACUGCUAAAGAAGAGCAUCUACUUAUCACAAGACCUUUGGACACACAGAAAAGGACAUGGAUAAUGCAUUCCCCUCAUCAACGACAUGGAGUUUGCUACCCUUGCUUUACUAGUAGGUUUGAGUCCGUUGUUCAGUUGCUGUGACACUGACUGAUAUGUCCAUUUCACUCCUGAGAUACCAUGGCAAAGUUAGAGACCCUUUCGACACUGAGUGACCCUACCUACCAGAGCCAGGAAUCAUUCCUCUCAUUGACUACCAGAUCCUCUGAUCCUGCCUCGUACACACAAAGCACCAUGGGAAGUGUUGGCAGUGGAGUGGCUAACAACCAGGAAUUUGCCAUGAAAAGUGUGGGCACCAGGACUCAGUCCAAUAGCAGCAAGCAAGCAGAGGCACUCCGAAAUGGAUUUGCCAACAGAGAGUUUCCUACCCGCUACUCUGGAGAAGAGAAGAGUUACAAGUCUGAAAAAGUCUCUGGUUCUUUGCACAUAAAUGGUGAAAUACACAAAAAUGAAAAGAGCAAGACAGACAGCAGCAGCAAUGUUAACGUCAACAAUGAAAGGAACAUGCCUCCACCACCACCACAGUAUAAGGAACCAUAUAACGCACCCAAAAUACUACCCAUCUCUGGCAAACUGGAUCAGGGUAAUGAACCUCUGGUCAGACCUUCAGCCUUCAAACCAGUUGUUCCCAAAAACUUUCAUUCCAUGCAGAACCUGUGCCCACCACAAAGUAAUGGGAUUUCUGAGAACAGAAAAGGUUUAAACCUUGCUGACAGCACUAAUCCAUCUGCUUCAAAAACUGGAAAUGAUAAACCAAGUCUAAGUAGGACUAUAAAUCAUGUUGGAGGUUUGUCAGACUCUGGACGAAACUCUCUGACUAGCCUUCCUACUUAUGGGACAAGUUAUAGCCAACAUGUUGGUCCAAUGAGUGCUUCCACAAGCCACAUCAAUCACAUUGGAACAACUACCUACAUAGAAAAAAAUACAGCUGGAUACAAUGGAAUAUCUACCUCAGAUAGUGGUCGAUCAUCAAGCAAGAGCACGUCUUCUUUCAACAAACUGAAUCAUAUGAAUGAUAGCUUGCCUUUCCACUCACCAUCAACUGAUGACAUCAUUCAGGAUCUGGAAGACAGGCUGUGGGAAAAGGAACAGGAAGUUCUUCAGAUGAGAAGGAAUUUAGACAAAAGUGAGGCUGCUAUUUUUCAAGUUUUUGAGGAAAAACAGAAAAUAUGGGAGAGAGAAAUGGAAGAUCUGAGGCAAAAUUAUGCAAAUAAACUGCAACAGGUAUCCAAAAAGGCACAGAGGGCACAACAGGCCUUGCAACUCCAGAUUUUCAAACUUCAGCAAGAAAAGAAAAAGCUACAAGAUGACAUUGCACAGCUGUUACAGGAAAGAGAAGAUCUGGAACAGAAAUGUGUGGCUUUUAAAAAAGAGCAGGCAGAGUUUCUACCAAAAAUUGAAGAAACAAAAUGGGAGGUCUGUCAAAAGGCAGGAGAAAUCUCAUUACUCAAGCAACAACUGAAGGACUCCCAGGCAGAAGUAGUGCAGAAACUGAAUGAGAUUGUUGGGCUUCGGGCACAGCUUAAGGAAACCAAGGCUAUUUUGAGGGAUAAAGAAGAGCAAAUCAUUAAUCUCAAGGACUCCUAUAGCACCAGGAGUGUAGAUUUAGAGAUCUGUGACAAUGAACUUCAAAGAAAAAUGAAUGAAGUUCAACUUCUUAGGGAAAAGCUAAGCCAGUAUGAACUUGAAGUAUCUGGCCUGAAGCAGGCUUUGGCCAACACAGGACGUGACCAGUUCAGUACAGAAGUUGCAGGCAAACUAAAAGACACCUUGGCCUAUGAGAGUGAUGAGGCUAAAAUGAAAAGGCAGAAUGACGAAGCAAUGAACUGUUUCAAGAAAGAAAUCGACAGGCUGCAGAAUGAACUGCUCUUGGAGCGACAGCAGCAAGAACAGCAAGUUAGGAACUUUGAAGAGGAGCGACAGACAUGGCAGGAGGAGAAAGAUCAAGUCAUAAAGUACCAAAAGCAGCUGCAGCUGAACUAUGUUGAGAUGUACCAGAAAAACCAAGUCCUUGAACAUAAAGUGAAUGAACUAACAGCCAAGCUGACACCACCACACGUUGAGGAAAAGAAACAGUGGUCAUCAUCAAGGCUAGAGCGAAUAGAAUCCACGGAAAUCUAGCCAAGGCAAAAACAGAACUUAUUGUAAAGUAAUGAUAAACUAUUACUGUGCAUGUACUGCCGACUUCAGCCAGUGAUUCUCUUAAUAUUAACAAUUUUUUAAUGUGUGUCUGUCUGUCUGUAUAUCUGUGCAUACAUUGUUGGUAUAUCUGUGUGUAUGUGUGAAUGUGUGUGUAAUAUUCAAAGUCAUGCAAAACAAAGACAAUUGUGUGUAUUUCUGUUCUCAUUAUUCAUUACCAUGCCACACAGGUCAGUUUAUAACUUAAUUAUUUUGUAUGAAGCAAGGUGUUUUUAUACAUAAGAACAUAUUAAUUAACAUUAAAGCAUAUUGUUAGAACAUAAAGAUUUGCUUUAAAUGCUACUAAUUUGCUUUAAUCGGCCAUUGCUUUUUAUGAAUCAUAGGACAUGGCUGACUAGUGGACUGAAGGUCUAGACAGGGGAAUCGACCCAGAAAACGGCUUUAAGCAACAAUCAGCUUUAGAUCUAGUCAUGUUGCACUCAAAAUAAAUCUCUC